AUGGCUGCAGAAUACAAAAGCUCGACGAGGUGCCGUCGAACUCGAGAACUGAAGAUGAAGCACAAAACCAGAAUGGUCCAUCGGAGUGGCUGCAAAAUCCUAUACCCAAACCAUCGCCAACAACUCCAACCUGGUGCUCGACAAGGCCACCACUACGACUACUAUCAGCAAAUCUACAGAAGCGUACCUUCUCUAACUCACACAGCCUUGCGAUCUUAUCCCCUUGUCAUUCCCGACACCGAAAGCAAAACCUGGCCAGUCAGUCAGCAAGAAGCACAAUCUUCGUCUUCGGUCAAGAUGCCUCCUAGUGUGAACUAUGUUCGACCGUCCCGUCCGGAAGACUGGGAGCCUUACCGCGCCAUCAUCGAAGAGCUGUACAAGACUCAGAAGCUCAAGGACGUCAUGGAAACAAUGGAGAGGGUUUACUUCUUUAAAGCAACAACGCGACAGUACAAGACCAAAAUAAAGGAAUGGGGCCUCGACGACAAGUACAUCAAGACCAACGAGUACAUAGGCAUCCUCAAGGAGAAGAGGAGGCUUGAGCGUGAUGAUCCAGGCCGCAGCUACGAGUUCUAUCUCCGCGGCAAACACGUGGAGGCCUCAUCAAUCCUUCGAUUUGAGAGCCGCGCAACAAAAAGGGGCUUGAUACAACCUGGCGACAGUCUAUCUGACAGGGAGUCUCUUGGAGAUGAGCUCCAGUACUUCCCGUCAGACGAAGCCUACGCCGAGGAUGGAGAGUACGAUGACUACUAUGGCUAUGGUGAUGCGAGUCAGUCACAAUACUCGUCAGCAUAUGGAUAUUCCUGAUGAUGUUGGCCAGAUUGAAAGUCGAUUCGGCCUGUUUUGAUUUCUUGCCUAUUUCUUGUGCUACAUGUUGUAUUUGAUAUUUGACCUAGGUGAGGUCGGGUUUUACAUUGACUAUGGGAUAGAUUAGGAUUCUGUUAUAACUUUUCUUCGAUUCCAUGUACAAAGCCUUCUCCGUACACACUGGGAGGCUCUUUCGUCAAGCCCUUGUUUGCUAUUUGAUUCCUAAGUGG